UACUGGAGAUAAUCUCCAGUAACUGCUGGUCCAGGAAACCUGAGCUGUACUGAGGUUCCUCCUUCCCUUCCUCUCUCUCUCCCCAGUAUAUUCCAAAGUAAACGACUUUCUCAGGAAAAUAAGUCAGAGAUUUCCCUCCCCUCCUUCCCUGGGAAAUGAAUGUGUCUCUUUUGUCAGUUUUUAUUUCUAUUUGUUUUAGAAGUGCCUUGUGUUUGCUAAGGAUGGGUCAAGAGCACUGGAGGAGCUGAUCAGUGGCCUUUCUCUUUCUGGCUUUUGUUUUUCUUUUCUUUCUUUCUCUCUUUCUUUCGUUCUUUCCUUAAAGCCAAGGUGUGCCAGAGGUGAUGCACUGAUGCUGAGGAGGCAUCAACAACUAUGGGACUCUAAUCCUCUCCCAUGUAAGCACUGGCAGUGUCUGCAAGGAGAGACCGUGAGGCGCUGAAGCAGAGUUUAGCUGCUGUUCAGCAGGUCACCUGCUCACUAAGGCUUAGAUUGCACUGUUCCCUAAGCACAAAACAUGAACCGGUCCCGAUGGAUUGAAUGGAGGACUCUGAAUAUGAGCAGUAGUGUUAUGAACAUAUCUGAGCACCUCUCCUGCCCUCUUGGAUUUGGUCACUACAAUGCAGUUGACAUCUGUAUCCUUGAGACAGUCGUUAUUGUCUUGCUAACAUUUUUAAUUAUUGCGGGUAACUUAACUGUGAUAUUUGUUUUCCACUGUGCUCCACUCGUGCAUCAUUACACCACCAGCUAUUUUAUUCAGACCAUGGCCUAUGCUGAUCUUUUUGUUGGAGUCAGCUGCUUGGUUCCUACUUUGUCACUGCUCCACUACUCAACAGGUGUCCACGAGUCCUUGACUUGUCAAGUUUUUGGAUACAUCAUCUCUGUGCUCAAAAGCGUCUCUAUGGCAUGUCUUGCUUGCAUCAGUGUGGAUCGCUAUCUCGCUAUAACAAAGCCUCUCUCCUAUAACCAGCUGGUCACACCUUGUCGCUUGAGAAUCUGCAUCAGUCUCAUCUGGAUUUACUCUUGCCUGAUUUUCUUGCCUUCUUUUUUCGGUUGGGGAAAACCUGGUUACCACGGAGAUAUUUUUGAAUGGUGUGCUACCUCCUGGCUAACUAAUGCCUAUUUUACUGGCUUUAUCGUGUGCUUACUCUACGCUCCCGCUGCCUUUGUCAUAUGUUUCACCUAUUUCCACAUCUUUAAAAUCUGCCGGCAGCACACCAAAGAGAUCAGUGACCGCAGAGCUCGGUUUCCUAACCAAGAGGGGGACGCUGCUGGGGAGGCUGGGCACAGCCCCGACCGCCGCUAUGCCAUGGUUCUGUUCCGGAUAACCAGUGUCUUCUACGUGCUCUGGCUCCCUUAUAUCAUGUACUUUCUGCUGGAGAGCUCCAGGGUGUUGGAGAACCCAGCACUCUCCUUCCUGACUACGUGGCUUGCUAUAAGCAAUAGUUUCUGCAACUGUGUGAUAUAUAGCCUCUCCAACAGCGUUUUCAGGCUGGGACUACGGAGACUGUCAGAGACAAUAUGUUCAUCUUGUGUGUGUUCAAAAGACAGGGAUGUACGGGACCCUAAGCCAAGGAAACGGGCUAAUUCCUGCUCCAUUUAAAGAAAACUGGUGCGUGUAAUCAAGUGCUGAGUUUUGAUAGUAUUUGUGGUAUCUGGAAACUUGCCAGAGAGAAAUGUUUACUUGAACAGCUUGCCGUGGUGUUAAGAGUGAAUUUAAAAGGGAUCCUGGAAAAGGCAAAGGCAGCUGUAAGAAGGGUCACUGAACUCUUGUGAAAUUGUCAGAGGAGAACAAUUCAACAGAGAUGAUGAGGAAAGUCAGAAAUAAAAA